ACCACAUUAAAACAAGACAGUGUAAUACACAAAGGAUUUUACAGAUCAAUUCUAAUAACAAGAUAAUCAAUUGAUCAGUUUCGGGUACUGUAAUGAAUCUACUCCGUUAAGUCUAAAUGACCCCUCAGUAACGAUGUUGUUAUAGGUCGCGAGCUCAUAUGAAUUAAUCGGGGGUCUCGUUUUUAUUUGCGAUGUGGAUAAUGCCUGUGGACUGUCGUAACUGCAUUUCUAAUCUCCGCUUUUAAGUGACAUCCUUAGUUGUAGCGUUUGUGUUUGCUUUACAAAAGCCUGUCCCCUAGGAAAUAAAUGUAGACAGGGGGGAAACUGCAAUUAAGGAGCACGCCGAUUCUGUCCUUCGGCUCGCAGGGGCUGGAAAGGCUGCCCCCCUUUUGCCAGCCACCCUUUACAGUCACUCCAUGCUAUUCUGCUGAUGAGAGAGCAUCGAGUAGUCUGGCUUCCUCGACUGAUGUCUUCCUUGUUCUCUCUCCUUCCACAUUCCCGUUAAUCGUGCUGCUUUUUUCUGUAACACAGAUUAUACUGAUAUACAGUAGACGCGUUCAGUCCCUUUAUUAUUUUCCUGGGUGGAGGAAACUAAGGCAUUGGCCAUAAGGCUGCCCUUAGCCUGCAUUCAGCCGGCGACCGUGUGCAGAAACCUGCGCGCGCGCGAUCAGUCUGAAUCGAAGACCCGUGAAAAGAAGAAAAGGCAUAAAGCGAUUUCCACGUUUUUUUCCACGCUUGUAAGAAGUUGCGUUUCGCAUUUCCAGACUUUCUUUCUGACGCACUGGGGCAUCGUUUAAGUGGGAAGUGUGCAUUAUGAAAAAACCCAGUUUAUUUUUAGCUGUGACUGGGGGAAGAAAAAAAAAUAAAUAAGAGGAGGCACUGGUGAAGGUUGAUCGAGAGAAGCGGAAGAGGUGAGCGUUAACUUGAAAGGAGUUGGCGACGAGACAGUAUCUCUGGACUUACAGGUGUAUUAUCCUAAAGCGCCGCUGGUUCUAAGACGCGUCCAAGGCUGUGAACACCGGCUGCAUUCGCCCGUAUUUAAGUGUCUAUUGCGACGUGCAUGCAGCUUUUCGUCUGUUGUAUGACAUUCCUUUAUUACCUGGCGGAGAGAUUAGGGAGGCAUCAGUAAACAGAAAAGGAGUUACAACCUGCUUUGCACCGCCCGGUCGGAAUUAAGAAGACACCUUUCCAUGUGCGGCCGGGUGCGGGUGUAAGACCAAGGCGACGAGGGAUCGACGUGAUCCACGGAUGAUUGGGAGCUCAAGGGAGUCUAUUACUGUCACCCGUAAACACAAUUGCAGGAUUCUCAGGAAGCCCUGUGGCCCCAGAGCCUCGACUGCACCUCCAGAGCCAUGUCACAUCUGCAGCCGGCCGCCCUGCCCGCCCUCUGCUUUCCACGCAUCUCUAAACCUCACUACCUCGUCCUGCUCUUAGGGGUGGUGCAGCUCUGCCACGCAGGGUCCCAUACCCUCGCCCCCAAUAAAUCACCUGCAAACUGCUCUGGGGGGGAUGGUUGUGUUGAGGGGGUGGUCCUUCCCGUUUGGAACCCCCAGAACCCCUCGGUGGGGGACAAGGUGGCCCGGGCCAUCGUCUACUUCGUGGCGCUCAUCUAUAUGUUCCUGGGCAUGUCAAUCAUUGCCGACCGCUUCAUGUCUUCCAUCGAGGUCAUCACCUCGCAGGAGAAGGAGAUCACCAUCAAGAAGCCCAACGGCGAGUCUGCCACCGCCACUGUGCGCAUCUGGAACGAGACUGUCUCCAACCUCACCCUCAUGGCCCUGGGCUCCUCAGCCCCCGAGAUCCUGCUCUCUGUUAUUGAGGUGUGCGGCCACAAGUUCGACGCAGGCGAGAUGGGACCCAGCACCAUCGUGGGCAGUGCCGCCUUCAACAUGUUCGUCAUCAUUGCCCUCUGUGUCUACGUGGUACCAGACGGCGAGACCCGCAAGAUCCGUCACCUGCGGGUCUUCUUCGUCACGGCCGCCUGGAGCAUCUUUGCCUAUGUCUGGCUCUACCUCAUCCUCUCGGUGUUCUCCCCGGGUGUGGUGGAGGUGUGGGAGGCUGUGCUCACCUUCCUCUUCUUCCCGCUCUGCGUGGUGCAGGCCUGGGUCGCCGACCGCCGUCUGCUCUUCUACAAGUACGUCCAGAAGCGUUACCGCGCCGACAAGAGCCGCGGCAUCAUCAUCGAGACGGAGGGCGACGGCUUCGCCAAGAUGGACCUGGAGAUGGACGGCCAGGGCAUCAACUCCCAUAACAAGGAAGCUCUGGAUGGCAUGCUGGUGGGCAUGGAGGAUGGCGUGGGAGGGGGGCGUGACCAGGAGGACGAGGCACGCCGCGACAUGGCCCGGACCCUAAAGGAGCUCAAGCAGAAGCAUCCGGAAAAGGACAUGGAGCAGCUGAUUGAGAUGGCCAACUACCAGGUGCUGGUGCAGCAGCAGAAGAGCCGCGCCUUCUACCGCAUCCAGGCCACGCGCAUGAUGAUCGGCGCGGGCAACAUCCUGAAGAAGCACGCUGCCGACCAGGCGCGCAAGGUGGUGAGCUGCCACGAGGCACGGCCCCAGGAGGACGACCCCCACACGGCGCGGCUGGUCUUCGAGCCCUCACACUACCAGUGCUUUGAGAACUGCGGCUCACUCAAGCUGGCCGUGGCCCGGCAGGGGGGCGACGGCAACUGUACCGUCAAGGUGGAUUACCGCACGGAGGACGGUACAGCCAACGCGGGCUCCGAUUACGAAUUCGCCGAAGGCACGCUGGUCUUCAAGCCCGGCGAGACGAUCAAGGAGCUGACAGUGGGCAUCAUCGACGACGACAUCUUUGAGGAGGACGAGUACUUCUUCGUGCACCUCAGCAACCCCCGGGUGAUGGGCUGGGCUGAUCACGGCGGCCCGGAACCCGGCUCCAUCUCCAUUCCGACCCCCAAGGCGGCGCUGGGCGAAGCUCACACCGCCACGGUGACUAUCUACGACGACGAUCACGCUGGCAUCUUCACCUUCGAGAGCGCAUCGACGCGCGUCAGCGAGAGCGUGGGCACCAUGCAGGUCAAAGUGCAGCGCACGUCGGGGGCCCGCGGCCUGGUAGCGGUCCCCUUCCGCACCAUGGACGGCACCGCCAAGGGCGGGGAGGACUACGAGGAAGUGUCGGGGAAGCUUGAGUUCCUCAACGACGAGACCAUGAAGGUAAUAGAGGUGAAGAUCAUCGAUGACGAGGAGUACGAGAAGAACAAGACCUUCACCAUCGAGUUGGGCGAGCCCAUUCUACUGGAGAUUGGACAAAAACAUGGAGACUCCAAUGAGAACAAGCCAGCAGUGGGAGCUGAGGAGGAGGAGGUGGCCAAGAUGGGCUGCCCCAGCCUAGGGGAGCACACCCGACUGGAGAUUGUGAUCGAGGAGUCGUAUGAGUUCAAGAACACGGUCGACAAGCUCAUCAAGAAGACCAACUUGGCUCUGGUGGUGGGCAGCAGCAGCUGGAGGGAGCAGUUUGUCAGUGCCGUCACAGUCAGCGCAGGUGAUGACGACGAGGAGGAGAGCGGCGAGGAGCGCCUUCCCUCCUGCUUCGACUACAUCAUGCACUUCCUGACAGUCUUCUGGAAGGUUCUUUUCGCCUUCGUGCCGCCCACUGAGUACUGGAAUGGCUGGGCCUGCUUCAUAGUGUCCAUCUUCCUCAUCGGGGCCUUGACGGCCAUCACCGGGGACCUGGCCUCGCACUUCGGCUGCACCGUUGGCCUGAAGGACUCCGUCACUGCUGUGGUGUUCGUGGCUCUCGGCACGUCUGUUCCAGAUACUUUUGCUAGCAAAGUGGCAGCCAUACAGGACCAAUAUGCUGACGCCUCCAUUGGCAACGUGACGGGCAGCAACGCUGUCAACGUCUUCCUGGGCAUCGGCGUGGCCUGGACUAUCGCCGCUGUCUAUUGGCGCAGCAAGGGCAAGGAGUUCCGCGUGGAGCCCGGCUCGCUGGCCUUCUCCGUCACACUCUUCACCAUCCUGGCGGUGGUGUGCGUCUUGGUGCUGCUGUACCGCCGAAGGCCCUCCGUGGCGGGGGGGGAACUGGGGGGGCCGCGGACGACCAAGUUGCUCACCUCCCUGCUCUUCUUCUCCCUCUGGCUGAUCUACAUCUUGUUGGCUUCACUGGAGGCUUAUUGCCAUGUACCUGGCUUCUAAGGGGACUAGCCUACGGCAGCACCCACCCAAACCAUCCUCUCAGUCAGUGAUAUCAGCAAACACCCCCCCCCCCUCCAUCUCACCCCCGUCCAAAUGCUCACCUACUGACCAGUCAACUCUACUCAGUGUUAUUUAAUUCUGGUAAUUUAAUGGAUUUCUUUGGAUUAACAGUCUUACCAGGAUCAGUAAGGUCCUACUAGGGACAUAGUUCCAUAGUUCCUGUCAAUUAUUAUUUUAAUAGUUAAAUAUUCCUUCCCUUCUUCAUCCUGGGUUAUGCAUACAAGGAAAUUUGAUCGUCAAUGGGAGAAAAUGAAGUACAAUUCUUCCCGUACGGCUGAGAGAAACGAGUGUUCUGCCUCUUAAAGAAAACUAUCUCCACUUCAGCCUUCCAUAGAGUCACACGCCUGUGUCCUGCUGCUGUGAGGACAUUGGUGAGGAAAGCCGUGGAGAGCGACAGAAGUGAAGAUUCCUAGGAAAACAAGUGGGUCACUCGCUCAGAGAGAUUCACACUCGUCAAGGGCAUGGAUGGUGCUGCCAGGAUUUCCGAAAACAUGGGAAGACACCUUACCGUGCGGGGAGAGAACUAUAACCUAAUGUGACAUUAUUCUGCUCAGGAGGAAACGCGACAGAGACGAUAAAAGCAGAGAUGGUUUAGUUUAGAAGCGGACCUUAACUCAGUGACUGAAGAUGAUGUUGGUGUUUUGCUGUAUAUUUUGUGUGUUAAAUGUGCUUGAUUUGUUGACGUCUGUAAGAAAAACGAGUGAGGUCAGCUAUGUUCAACGUGACAAAACCCCGUAUGAUGUUAGUAAUACUAAAAUUCCUCAUCGGCUCUGGCGUACAUAAAAUGCAAGGUACGAUUUUAAUGCAUAUCUGCACUAGGAACUCCAUUUUUUAAAACUGUAUGUUGCCUUCAUGAGCAAAAUUUGAUGUCGACCGUUCCUGUGCAUGGGCAGAUUGCUGCAUCAGAAAUGUACAUGUGGGAGCAAUACAAAGCCGAAGAAGCAGUUAAGCAGAUAAUGGUCUUCUGCUGUUAGUCCUCAACUCCAUCAAAAAGAUAAGACUUUGGUUCCUACAUCCAUACUCUGAACCAGGACUAACAGUUAUACAGGCUGUAGUUAUAGUCUCUAGGUGUCACACUAUCCCUGUCAUCAGUUCCAAGCUAGAAAUCAUUCUCUCUCAACCCAGCUGCCCUGCCCAGGAUAUAAAAAGACUAUGGUGAUGUUAUAGUUAAACAUUAAGCAUGAAUGCUGUACUGUGCCUCUCCAUUGUGGGAGUGAAUGCCUUCUGUGCUCGCUGUCUGUAUAGGGUUGCAAAGAUUAAGGAGGGCCUGGUUUCUAUUUAAACAAGCAGCAACACAUAAUGAAAAGUCAGGAGCAACUUGGAACCAACAAGGUUCUUAAGCAGGUUCAGGCAGUCAUGCUGAAUCCACAUCCACAGUUUCGUCGUCAGUGCCGGGAUGCUUGGUAUGGCUUUCAUAUGACUCUCCACCCAAGUACUGGCACCCAACCCAUGGUGCUGCGUGGAGUGUAUGUGUAUUACAGUAUGAGUAAUGGGUUUGACUGACCGAGCGGCUGGUCAGGGGAGAAUGACAUCCUCUCUGCUGGAUGGCUGGACAGCUCGUUCUCUUCCAGUCUGCAUGUGUGACCGAUGCCAGCAGCACUUACUGUACUGACACCAUUCAGAAAAAGCAUGAAAAGUACAUUUCCUCCAGCUUUCUGGAAUUUUCCAAAUUUUACAGAAGACCACUCUGAGACUGUGGUCACCUGACUAUCUGCAAAUACGUUUUAUAACUGCAAACAGUGUGAAAUAUGAACACAGCAAAAACACAAUGUGGAUGAAGUGGAUGUGGAUGUGAACAGCAUAUAUUGUACACAUUUACCUUUGUGUUCUCAGUUAACAAUACAGACACUCCUUACUUAACGACUGAGUUCCAUCCCUACGACUUAGUCAUUAAGCAAAUCGGUCAGUAAGUGUGGAGCUGCCCCUUGCCGAUAUCUCAAGCGUGCUGUAUGGGUAGUGGGUUUGUCUCAGCCAUCUUUAGAUACUGUUUUAAUGACACCUUUGCGCCAUUUAUAACAUUUUUAGUAUAUUUGUAAAUGUUUACAGGUAGUGGGAAAUCGUUUUUAUUUAUUUUCGCUGACAUCCUGUAUUAUGGGGUGUACGAUGAAGUACAAAUUUAUAGACAAGUUUAGUCCUGGAGAUUGCGAAUGCUAGUGUAGUGAAUUCUGAGUGACUCUGGGAAUGAGACAGACGGACACUGCGCUGCCGUUCCCACGAGCAAACUUCUUGUACAGCGUACAGUACUGACUGGCCAGAGCUGGUCGUAAGUCCGGGCGGUAGUUAAUCAGGUAGGUCGUUAAGUGAGGGCUGUCUGUAAUGUACUGUAUAGUUUACAUUUAAUGUGAUGGGAAUGGAGAUUUAUCUCAUAAAGGUAGAUUUAAAAAGACCAAAAGACACUUUUAGCUUGACUAUUUAUAUUUCUAAAGCGUAUUUAUAUACCGGUACUAUUUAUUAAGUGUGAAAGUGUGCAGUUAGCAUAUUUUUAGUUCUCGGGUUGCUAGGCAACCGCCUCUAAGAGUCAUUGUCUUUUUGUCAUUAUGCUUGUCUGUUUUAGUGGGGAGCAAUUGCUAGCUGUACCCUCCUUAUUGGGUCAUCCAGCCUCUAUUUCACACUCGCUACAGUCAUUCUUAGUGAUAUUAAGUGUGUCCUACUGAAGACAAAAAUCUGCCUUAACUGGUAUCUCCACCUGCUUUUAAAUAGGGUGGGGGGGAAUUAAAUGUGACCUGUGAGAGAUUCCGUCCAGGUGGUCGGGCACGGGUUGGGGUCACACUGAAUUCCUAAGUGAGGCUGCCCCAGCGUUUCCUCCCCACCUAACGCCACAAAAUGAUGUUCUAUAAGAUUAUGAGUUAUACAUGACCUGAGAGCUGACUUGGGAUCUUGAAUACUGCAGAAUGCAGCUCUCUUACAAUUAGUUGGUGCCAUUGCGUGGAACAUACUUCCUUAUGGAUCUGGUCCUAAUGUAAUGUCCUAUCUGGCAAAAGUCCCGCUUCCCUAAUCCAAUCAGCCAGAGUGUAGCUUCUCAGUGGCUCUGGGCUGAUGACCGACAGCUGCUGGAGGAGGAGGGGUGGGUGCAGUCCCUUAGUCACCCCAGUGCUGUGCUACACACCGAGGGAUAAACGCGCUUUGAUACUGACACGGCUUCCUUACUCCUCUCCGUAAGUGUAUCACAGAGGACAGGCGCUCAUCAAAACCACAACGUAGAGCCAUGAAGUGGAUGCGAACAGCAUAUCUUGUACACUUUUACCUUUGUGUUCUCAGUUAACAAUACAGACACUCCUCACUAGUCUGAGGGACCAGAUGCAAAUACUGAGUUCAGGUCCAGAAAGUACAAAUCCAGACCAAGAUUUUGUUUCAACCAACCAUUUGAAUAUAAAGAGUCACAUACACAGAGUAUUUAGCUGGAACAAAAUCUUGGUCUGGAUUUGUACUUUCUGGACCUGAAAUUUCCACCUCUGGAAAUUUCAUGACAUAACUGAUACACUAUAAGUAGCUGUUUAAAUGUGUAAAAUUGUGCAACCUUUACAUUUAUAAGUCAUCCAGAGAGAGAUUCAUUCUGGGUAAAUGUCUUUUAUGCAAGCAUCAAUGAGUGCCAUUAGAAUUGUGUGAAAAAACAGCAUGGGUGGCGGCUUGACCGAACAGAAUCGAUAUUGUGAAUGUUGUUCAUUUUCUGGAGUUAAUGGCUCUGUGAUUCUUAAAGCGUAAGCAGCACAUCCUGCGUUUACGGUCAGUGUUAGAAGGGAGGGCACCGUCGUAAAAACCACAACCAGAUGUGAAAUACUGAAAUACCGUGUCUCUGUUCGAACGUGAUCCGCUAGCCUAUAGCCCUGUGAUGGACAGCCACACUGUCGAUGUGAUAGUAGUAAUUCUUCCGUGUCCAGAUACCAGUGCCAACUGGUGAGAUUCUAGACAGAACUUUUUCACUUUUAGCAAAGAAUGGGACCUGUGACGUCCCGCACACAAAGCAGGCACUCUUUUUGGUGACUAGCCACAUCGUUUACGUACUGUUAUUUGGCCGCCGUCGGUAGAUGUCACGUCAGUCAGAUUACGUUGAAACUAACAAAUGAAAAAAAAUUUGAUGUGUAUUACCAGUGUCAGAGCUUUUAAAAUCCCUACAUCUGCGAAAUAACUGCUUCGAGGUUUAUAAUUUGCUUGUGGUACAUGCCAGCUUCAUUGAAGUAUAGAGAUUUUGCAUACGUCGCGAAAAUGGAAUGCUAGGGAAAACAGGCAGAACACAGUCUCUGUAUGGUCACUUCACUUUUAUAACGUUAUGCUUCCUUGUCUCUCUAGUGUUGAUACAUCCUGCUUUUGUUUUUCCUGUACCUGUUCUGUCUUAAUGUCAACCAUCUGAUAUCAGCAUUUGUUUGAUUUAAGUAUACUUGAUAUUUUGGUUAUAAAAUCAAAGUUUGUAGCCCUGUUUUUAAAAGACUCACUAAGUGCUUUUAAAAAGUUUGUUUUGUUAUACUCUUGUUCUGUUUUUCAUUUAUAUCUGUACGUUUAUUGAACAUUUAGAAACUUUGUUUGAUGUCACAAUAAGGUGUUUUCAGUCACAAUAAGGUGUUAGUCAGAGUCAGUAUAAAUGUAUGAGAGUAUGUGAGAUUGCAUGCUUCCCACGUCAAUGGAACCUUAAAUGUGAUGUACAAUUAUAUUUUCAAAGGAGGAAAAGGACCUUUUGUUUACAAAGUAACCAUUUGUCUUUGUUUUGUCUAUUUAUAAGUUCAUUAAAACCUCGAAAGACACCUUAUAAUUUAGUGGAUCUGAGUAUUA